ACCGUGAUUACCCAGAAAGCGCUGCGAUAAUAAAUUCGCCGGCUCUGAAGCCCCGAUUAAAUGCGCAGGCGUCAAAGAUGCGAAUGUUGCGCAUGCGCAGUUCACAAAAGGCCUCGGGAACUCGGCGCAGGUUAAAAAUGACAAGGAAUUUGUUAAUGGAAAUUCAAACACAACACACCAGUUUUGUCUAGAUAUUUAAGAAGUGCAACAAGGGAUUCAAUCAACAAUCCUUCCUGCUCAGACUGUGGGGAGGAAUUCACUCAGUCAUCUAACCAACUGGCACGCCUGUUAUUUUACACGGGGGAGUGGCCAUUCACCUGCUCAGACAGUGGGAACACUGGGACAAGGCCAUUCACCUGUUCUGUGGGUGAGAAGGGAUUCAGUCGGUCAUCCCACCUGUGGACACACCAGUCAGUUCACACUGGGCAGAGGCUGGUCAUCUGCUGAAUUUGUGGGGAAGGAUUCUCUCGGUCAUCUGACCUAAUGGCUCAUCAGCGAGUUGACACCAGGGAGCAGCCGUUCACCUGCUUGGACUACGGGAAGAGAUUCACUGAAUCAUCUAAGUUGAAGGUACAUCAACGAGUUCAUACUGGGGAGAGGCCAUUCACCUGCUCAGACUGCGGAAAGGGAUUCACUCGGUCAUCUCACCUACUGCUACAUCGGUUAGUUCACACUGCAGAGAGGGAUUUCACCUGCUCAGAUUGUGGGAAGAGAUUCACUCACUCUUCCACCCUACAGAGACACCAGUCAGUUCACACCAGGGAGAGGCCGUUCACCUGCUCAGUCUGUGGGAAGAGAUUCACACAGUCAUCACACCUACAGAGACACCAGCAAGUUCACACUGGGGAGAAGCCUUUCACCUGCUCAGACUGUGGGAAGAGAUUCACACAGUCAUCCACCCUACAGAGACACCAGUCAGUUCACUCUGGGGAGUGACGGUUCACCUGCUCAGAAUGUGGGAAGGGAUUCACACAGUUAUCCAAACAACUGGCACACCAGUCAGUUCACAGUGGGGAGUGGCCAUUCACCUGCUCAGACUGUGGGAAGGGAUUCACUCGGUCAUCUGAUCUGCUGACACACGGGCGAGUUCACACCGGGGAGAGGCCAUUCACCUGCUGUGAAUGUGGGAAGGGAUUCGCUCGGUCAUCUGAUCUACAGAUACACCAGCGAGUUCACACUGGGGAGAGACCAUUCACCUGCUCAGUCUGUGGGAAGGGGUUCCAUCAAUCAUCCAACCUUCAUAGACACCAGCGAGUUCACACUGGGGUGAAGCCGUUCAUCUGCUGUGAAUGUGGGAAGGGAUUCACUCGGUCAUCCUCACUACUAGCACAUCAGCGAGUUCACAGUGGGUAGAGACCGUUCACCUGCUGUGAAUGUGGGAAGGGAUUCACUCAGUCAUCCUCACUACUAGCACAUCAGCGAGUUCACAGUGGGUAGAGACCGUUCACCUGCUCAGAACAUGGGAAGGGAUUCACUCAGUCAUCCAAUCACUUCGGGUAAAGGCCGAUCACCUGCUGAGAC